UGGGAAAGGCCUUUCCUGCCCCUCCCGACAGCACAACAGCCGCCCCUGAGGUUUUCUGGCUUCCGCUCGGAGGACUCGGAGGGUUCAGGCAGCAGAGAAAAGACCCUUGAUGCCUUCUCUGUCAUCUCCUCUAUAUGGUGAACAGAAAAAAGCAGCCAUGCAGCCAGCUCAGAAAAUAAUCUGCUCCUCUACAGAAUGGACAUUUCCGACCUCUUCUCCAAACAACUGGUAGCCCCCUGUGACUGGGGCAGGGUGUCCUUUGAAGAGGUGGCUGUGUAUUUCUCCCAGGGGGAGUGGGCCCUGCUGCGCCCAGCCCAGAGAACUUUGUACAAGGAAGUCAUGCUGGAGAAUUUUGGCCAUGUGGCCUCUCUGGGGCCUCAGAUUUCCAAACCUGACCUCAUAUCCUGGCUGGAGGAAGAGGAAGAGCCGUUUCUCCUGAUCUCUGAUGAAAAAGAGGGAUUGGCAGGAGGAGUCAUGUGGGAGACAGCAAAUGAAAUAUCAGGGCAUGGAGUGACGAAAAAAGAGGAUGCAUAUUCAAAUAGAAAAGAAGACGUUGAAUAUUGUGAUGCAUGGAGGAAGGAAGAAAGAAAACACCUACCUAAAGAGAGGAAGAAUUCUGGAGAUUUCCAAGGCGGUGAGACUCUACUGCAAAACAAAUACAAAAGAGACAAUUGGAAUGAACACACUGCAAGCAGGGAAGGGUUUCUUGAAAAUUCAAAUAUUAACAUUGAAGGGAACAUCUAUAACAGCAAAAAAAUAAUUAAAAGCCUGGAAUGUGGGAAAAGUUUCAAUAAGAGUGAUAACCUUAUUGUCAGUCAAAGAAUUGACACUGGGAAGAAACCAUAUAAAUGCCUAGAAUGUGGGAAAAGCUUCUGUAAGAGUGGUAACCUUGCUGUCCAUCUGAGAAUUCACACAGGGGAGAAGCCAUAUGAAUGCUUGGAGUGUGGAAAAAGCUUCAGUCAGAGUGGAAGACUUAGUUCCCAUCAAAGAAGUCACACAGGGGAGAAACCAUACACAUGUCUGGAGUGUGGGAAAAGCUUCAGUGACAGUGGUAAACUUACUGUGCAUAAAAGAAUUCACACAGGAGAGAAACCAUAUGAAUGUCUAGAGUGCGGAAAGUGUUUCAGUCAGAGUACAAGCCUCUCUUCCCAUCAACUAAUUCACACAGGGGAGAAACCAUACAUAUGUCUAGAGUGUGGAAAAAGUUUCAGUCACAGAGCAAACCUUUCUUCCCAUCAAAGAAUUCACACAGGGGAGAAACCAUAUAAAUGUGUGGAGUGUGGAAAAAGCUUCAGUCAGAGUGGAAGCCUUACAUUCCAUCAAAGAAUUCACACAGGGGAGAAACCAUAUAUAUGCAUGGAGUGUGGAAAGAGCUUUCGGCGGAGAGAUACCCUAUCGUACCAUGAAAGAAUUCACACAGGGGAGAAACCAUAUAAAUGCCUUGAGUGUGGAAAAGGCUUCACUGAGAGUAAAAGCCUUACCAUCCAUCGAAGAAUCCACACAGGGGAGAAACCAUAUGAAUGCCUGGAGUGUGGGAAAAGCUUCAGGCAGAAAGGGAAACUUACUGUCCAUCAAAGAAUUCAUACAGGGGAGAAACCAUAUGAAUGCCUAGAAUGUGGGAAAAGCUUCAGUCAGAAAGGGAAACUUACUGUCCAUCAAAGAAUUCACACAGGGGAGAAACCAUAUAAAUGCUUGGAGUGUGGAAAGAGUUUUCGGCGGAGAGAUACCCUAACGUACCAUCAAGCAGUUCACUCAGGGGAGAAACUAUACAAAAGUCUGGAGUGUGGGAAAAGCUUAAUUCAUUGUGGAGGUCUUUUUGCCCAUCAAAAAAUUCAAAUAGAGGAGAAAUUAUAUGAAUGCCUUGUUUGUGGAAAAAGCUUCAGUCAAAGUGCAAAACUUACUUCCCAUCAACGAAUUCACACUGAGGAGAAACCAUAUCAAUGCCCAGAGUGUAGAAAAAGAUUCAGCCACAGUGCACAACUCGCUAUCCAUCAACGAAUUCACACAGGGGACAAACCGUAUAAAUGCCUGCAGUGUGGGAAGACCUUCAGUCAGAGUGGAAACCUUACUUCCCAUCAAAGAAUUCACACAGGGGAGAAACCUUAUAAAUGCCCGGCGUGUGGAAAGCGCUUCAGUGACAGUGGAUACCUUGCUGUUCAUCAAAGAAUUCACACAGGGGAGAAACCAUACAAAUGCCUGGAGUGUGGGAAAAGAUUCAGUCACAGUGCAACCCUUUCUUCCCAUCAAAGAAUUCACACAGGGGAGAAACCAUAUAAAUGCCUGGAUUGCGGGAAAAGCUUCAGUCAGAGUGGACACCUUACUUCUCAUCAAAGUAUUCAUACAGGGGAGAAACCAUAUAAAUGCAUGGAGUGUGGAAAGAGCUUUCGGCGGCGAGAUACCCUAAUGUACCAUCAAAGAAUUCACACAGGGGAGAAACCAUACCAAUGCCUGGUUUGUGGGGAAAGCUUCAGUUUUAAUGUACAACUUACUUUGCAUCAAAGAAUUCAUACAGAUGAGAAACUAUAUUAAUGUAACAAGAGGAUCGAAAAAGCUUCAGUCGUACGGUGCGCUUACUUCCAAUCAAACAAUUCAUACAAGGAGAAACCAUAGAAUUGCUCAGAAAAUAGAAUAAUGUUGCAUCAAACCAGUUUGGAUUGGAAUAUCACAAAGUACUGCAAUAAAAGAGUGA